GUCAUUUCGAUCUAGGGGAUUUCAGAUUUGCCAGGUCGUUUUUAGUUACUAAACGCUAUUAGUUCCUUUUUGUUCUUUUUCGUCCUUCAAAAUGUCGAAGAGAGGACGUGGUGGUUCCGCGGGAGCAAAAUUUAGGAUAUCGCUGGGUUUGCCCGUAGGAGCGGUAAUCAACUGCGCGGAUAAUACAGGAGCCAAAAAUCUGUAUGUAAUCGCCGUUCAAGGUAUUGGUGGACGCUUAAACCGUCUGCCGGCUGCAGGUUCUGGGGACAUGAUAGUGGCAACAGUUAAGAAAGGUAAACCGGAACUCCGUAAAAAGGUUAUGCCUGCUGUGGUAAUCAGGCAACGGAAGCCGUUUCGCAGGAAGGAUGGAGUGUUUAUUUAUUUCGAAGAUAACGCGGGAGUUAUCGUGAACAAUAAGGGCGAAAUGAAAGGCUCCGCUAUUACUGGACCUGUGGCCAAAGAAUGCGCAGACCUCUGGCCUAGGAUAGCCUCAAACGCGAGCAGUAUUGCUUGAAUAUUAUGAAUAAAGCUACAAAUAAAUUUUUUGUUUUUAUUAUA